AUGUUUGAGUCAGGGUCUUUGAGUUUAUCCGGCUCCAUCUCUAAGGCGGCGCUGGAACAAGCUGAAGUAAUAUCACAGGUGGACCGCAAGUUCAUUUUCGUCAAGUUGACGCUGGAAACAAAGUCCCGAGACUCGUCCUCCUCAUUGGUCAUGAUCGAUCAGCACGCCGCGGAUGAGCGUUGCAAGCUCGAAGAACUACUGGCUACGUACUUUCACCGCGAUGCCCAUGGCGAUCUCACUGCAACGACCGAGCCUCUAGACCCAUCUAUUCACUUCGAGGUUGGCCAUCUCGAAGGCGAGCUACUUGAGAGAUUCCGCCACCACUUCCGCACGUGGGGCAUUGAUCUAGAUGUCCGCAACGAUGGAGGGAAGAAGUAUGAAAGGGUGACCCAGGUCACGAGCCUCCCUCCCAGCAUUCUUGAGCGCUGUCGUCUUGAACCACGCCUGCUGAUCAACUUGAUCCGUACCGAAGCAUGGAACUUGGCCGAGACACGGCAAGCCCCUCUGCCGCCCUCUCGUGCUCCGGAGGGAUCUACACAUCCCUGGGCGGUCUACAUGAGUCGUUGCCCCCGAGGGAUCUUGGAAAUGCUCCACUCCCGCGCGUGCCGCAGUGCCAUCAUGUUCAAUGACGCUCUCACCAUUGAUGAAUGCAGAGAUCUCGUGAGGCGGGUAGCGCGGUGUGCCUACCCAUUUCAAUGCGCUCAUGGGAGACCAAGUAUGGCGCCUCUGCUUGACAUGGGAACCGGGCAGAGCGCGGCGGGUGGAAUUCUGGCAGCCGAGCAAGUUGGCAUGGAUUUGAAGGAGUGGACGCAAGACUAG